AUGGAUUUCAUUCACCAGCUUCUCAGCAUCAUACUCCCUCUUUUAACCAUCCUUUUCCUUCUCUUUUUCUUGCCACCCUAUCUGAUUUUCAAGCUUAUUACCUAUAUUUUCAGAUCCUUAUGCUCCGAAAAUGUAGCCGGAAAAGUGGUUCUCAUCACCGGUGCAUCAUCCGGCAUCGGAGAGCAACUUGCGUACGAGUAUGCCAGGAGAGGAGCUAGUUUAGCCCUUGUUGCCAGGAGAGAAGAUCGUCUUAGCACAGUUGCCGAUAAAUCUCGCCGGCUAUGUUCACCGGAUAAUCUAAACAUCCCCGCCGAUGUUUCAAAAGCGGAAGAUUGCAAAAUCAUUGUCGACAAAGCAGUCAGUUACUUAGGAUGCCUGGAUCACUCGGUGAACAACGCUGGGAUUGGUCAAUUUAGAAUGUCUGAAGAUUUAACCCAAAUUUCAGAUUUCGAUCGUAUCAUCUGUCAAGCUAUUGAAAGUAAGAAACUUUGGCGUGUUUGGACGGAGAUUCCUUUCGAGACUUGCGUGCAAAAAGGAAGUAGUCGAUAA